AUGAUGUUAAUAACAGAUACAUAUAUAAACACACUGUGUUACCGCAGUUCUAUCCAAUCACACGGUGUUACCGCAGUUCUAUCCAAUCACACGGUGUUACCGCAGUUCUAUCCAAUCACACGGUGUUACCGCAGUUCUUUCCAAUCACACGGUGUUACCGCAGUUCUAUCCAAUCACACUGUGUUACCGCAGUUAUAUCCAAUCACACGGUGUUACCGCAGUUCUAUCCAGUCACACGGUGUUACCGCAGUUCUAUCCAGUCACACGGUGUUACCGCAGUUCUAUCCAGUCACACGGUGUUACCGCAGUUCUAUCCAAUCACACGGUGUUACCGCAGUUCUAUCCCAUCGCACGGUGUUACCGCAGUUCUAUCCAAUCACACGGUGUUACCGCAGUUCUAUCCAGUCACAAGGUGUUAUCGCAGUUUAUAUCCCAUCGCACUGUGUUACCGCAGUUAUAUCCCAUCGCACGGUGUUACCGCAGUUCUAUCCAAUCGCACGGUGUUACCGCAGUUAUAUCCAAUCGUACUGUGUUACCGCAGAUCUAUCCAAUCACACAGUGUUACCGCUGUUCUAUUCAAUCACACGGUGUUACCGCAGUUCUAUCCAGUCACACGGUGUUACCGCAGUUCUAUCCAGUCACACGGUGUUACCGCAAAUCUAUCCAAUCACACUGUGUUACCGCAGUUCUAUCCAAUCACACUGUGUUAACGCAGUUCUAUCCAAUCACACGGUGUUACCGCAGUUCUAUCCAAUCACACUGUGUUAA